AUGCAGCUCAUGCGAUAUUUUCGAUCUCGCAAAUUUGUUUCUGCUUCUAUUCUGCUUAUUGUUUUCGUAUGGAUCUUGCUGCUUACGGUGGCUCGAGAAAACUCCACAAUUCAUCAUGAAAUCUUUCCAACAAUGACUGAUUCCAUCUCCAAGGUGGUGACAGGGUUGCUGGUGAAAUUUUGCUUGAAACCUUUUGCAUGCAUUGCGCCGGCGGGCGCCAAACUAAUUCCACUCGACCCUCAUGCCAGUAUCUUUUCACCCGGCCGGUACUUUCUCGUGGUAAACACAAGCAAUUUCAACGAUGCUCAAGAAGCUGUCACAGACGUGAUGUUGGUACCACGUGGAACAGUUCCCGAUGAUCUGAAGAAAUGGCACCAAUCGUAUUCCUUUGGAUCCAAGGUUCUUUGGUACCAGACUGAUGUGGUUACCGACGAGAAAAAAUUUGUUUGCGACAUCGAUGUACUCUUUGGAGACAAAGAUAUGGUGGAUUCGAGACCAUAUUGGCAGUUUCAGCCCGAGCCGGUACCUCUUCCAUGGACCACCGAAGUGCAGGGCCACUUUUCCUUACUCAAACUCUCAAAACUAGAGCAAAACUCGGUAGUAAGCGAGCUGGAUUUGUUCAACCAGCUCAAGUACGGCGGUAUCAUCCUCGCUCACCAACCCAAAUUCAAAAUCAUGCAGUUGAGCGAUCUCCAUUUCGGCCAGGAUACUGGUGCUUGCAACUUGAAAAACGGUCCGUGCCAGUCCGAUAGUCGAACGGUGGCUUUCAUUGCAAACUCCAUAGUUGCCGAACAACCAAACUUGAUCGUCAUCACUGGUGAUAUGAUCGACAGUAAGCGCACAAAACACUGGAAAUCGGCCAUUUUAAAGGCAUUGGCACCUGUUCUCCACAGCAAAAUACCCUUUGUGUUCACAUUUGGCGACCUGGAUGUGGAUACCCUCUCCGAAAAACGUUCGGUUGUACAAUUCAUAUCAUCUCUUCCCAACUGCUACAAUGUUUUACCAAAUUUGGACAACAUUCACGGGCUCACCAACUACAACUUGCGGGUGCACAGAUCAAGUUCUCCACAAGCACCCCCCACAAACAUUAAUACCGACCACCCAGACAUGCUCGUAUCACUUCUUGACCUGGAACGCAACAAGAUAGACUCAACCCAGAUCAAUCUCCUUUACCGCAUGAACACUAUUUAUUCGUCUCCCACGAUGUUUAAGUUGUUAUUUUUCCAUUUCCCGCUCCCCAACUUUAGACCCACAGGGAAAUUCAAGCUCGUGGGAUCAUAUAACGAGAAACAUGUGUUGACCACUGCCACCGAUAACAAGUUUAGAGACGAUAUAGUUGACUGUGGUUAUCAUGUCGUUUCUGUGGGACACGAGCACGAGAACGACGCAUGUGUUUUGAACGAAAAGCGGGAUCCAAAUAAUCCCGACCGUAGCUUGAAUGAAAUUUGGCUCUGCUACAAUUCGGUAACUGGAGAUUCAGGACUCACAGCACUCGAUACUAGCUAUGAUAGAAAGAUGCGGAUUUUUGAGACAGAUUUCAUCAAAAAGACGUUGAUUAGCUGGAAACGCUCGGAGCUUAUGCAAGCGGCAUUCGACCAUCAAAUGAUCCGCCAACUAUAG